AUGGCAUCGAAAAAGCGUCAGGCAGUUGUUUCCGAAGAGGUUUCUCAAGGGCCGCAACUCCGUGAAGGUGAAGAGUGCUUUGCGGUUUGCCACAUUUACGCAUCUUUCAAUGACACCUUCAUCCAUGUCACGGAUCUGUCGGGUCGAGAGACCUUUGUCCGGCGGUCUGGCGGCAUGGAAGUGAAGGCCGAUCGGGAUGAGUCCUCGCCGUACGCAGCCAUGAUUGCCACACAGAAAGUUGCUGAGCGUUGUAAGGAGCUAGGCAUUACUGCGUUGCAUAUCAAAGUGCGUGGCACUGGCGGAUCCAAGGCUAAAACCUUUGGGCCGGGAGCUCAGGCCGCUAUCCGGGCGUUAGCUCGCAGCGGGAUGAAGAUUGGACGCCUCGAGGACGUGACGCCCAUACCACAUGACGGUACCAGGCGAAAAGGAGGUCGCCGUGGUCGAAGACUCUAG